UGCUCAACAAAUUUUGCCCAACAACGGGAACUUUUCCGUCAUUUACCACACGAAAGGAACCAGGGUUUAGAGUUUUGAGCAAGGCCCUGAGACUGUCAUGGCGACGGCGCUGAGCCGAGCCGGCUACGCCGGCUUCUUGAGCCGAUCUCUCUCUCUCUUCACAAUGAGAACCUUUAGCACGGCUUCUACUUCGGCUCCUUCCGAGUCGGCUCAAGCUUCGGCUCAAAAGAAGCCGAAGAGAAGAAAGAAGAAAAACUUAUUUGAGGUUGCUCAGUUCUUGCCAAAUUGGGGUAUUGGCUAUCAAUUGGCUAAGAAUCAUUGGGCUCAUGGUUUUUAUUACCAGAUCACUAAGGUUAAUCUAUACAAGGAUGGGCGCCAUGGUAAGGCUUGGGGUAUAUUCCAUAAAGCUCAUGUCCCAACUGCAGAGACUCCAAACAAGAUAAGCGGAGUUCAUAAAAGAGGAUGGAGGUAUAUUCCGCACUCUAAAAAGACCAUCAAGGAUGAAUCAAGAUCUGAAGUGCAGGCUUGACUCUGUCUGUCUUUCUCUGUCUCACACAUAUUUCAGGGGUUUCAGUAGGCCCUUACCCUCCUGUUGAUCAGCUAAAACAAAGAAACAUGGAGGGAUUGCAGACUAGCCAAAUCGAGCCAUGUAGCUUCCUUUGUUGCCUAUUAAUUUUUUUUUUUUUUGUUUCUCUUCUUUUCCUUUUCCUGUCUAAUGUUAAUCAAUAUGGUUGUUCUUUCUCUCAUAUCCAUCAAUGAGCAUACCCAUAUGUACUGAUUCAAUGCGGCUUGUUUCUUCUGUCA